AUGACCCAGCUGAUUCUACCUCGUCCCCUUGAGCUUAAUGAUGAGCCCGCUGCGGAGGAUCCUUUACGAGCUUCCUCCAAGACAGCUGGCUCUUCCACGGCAUCGGAGUCCGACGACACGCUCAGUGAUCGAGAAGUAGGUGGGCGUCCGCCCAUAACUCCUCUCUUCAUUUCCAGUUUCUGCCUGAAGCCUGUUGCUGGCCAGAAGGCGAGCCGAACCUAA